UCACACAGCACAAAGUCCAACAGCCUGAAGGACGACACACACAAACACACACAAACACGCAGCAGUAUGCAAAAGUGAAAGUGUCAGAGCAAAGGGACAGAGAAGAGACGAAGACAGAGAGAAGAGACGAAGACAGAGAGAAGAGACGAAGACGGACCGCAAACCCCUCUCUGGUUCUCUCCGGUGGAACUGUGUUUCAGGUUUGGAGCUGCAGAGCUGCUUUCUGAGUUUCCUGUUUCAGACCUGAGACGCAUAAGAAGUGCAUUGGAUCCUGUGACAGCCCAGGCACAGAUACAGCAACACCCCCCCCAGACAUGGAGAACGGGAAGAGCCGCCUGCAGCAGGCCCAGGACGACGCCGAGGAGGUGAAGGUCAUCAUGCUGGACAACAUGAACAAGGUCGACGAGAGGUCGGAGAAACUGGGAGACCUGGAGGACCGAGCCGAGGAGCUGCAUGUACAGGCUGGAAAGUUUGAGAAGAACGCCAAAGUGCUGAUGCAAAAGAAGCGAUGUGCGAACCAGAAGAUGCGCUACGUGUUUAUCGGCGUCGGAGUGCUGGUCGUCGUCAUCAUCAUCGGAGCCAUAAUCAUCGCCUGCGUUUAACGGUUCUCCUGCAGGAAGAAGCUUUUCCGCUCAUGAAAAGAUCAAAUAUCAGGACUGAGGAAUAAACCACGGGACGUCUCUCCUGCCCGGCUCGGUGUGAAAGGUUUCUGGGCGAUAUUUAUGGGACGAUGCAUCCCACUCUUCAGUUGAUAUGGUACCAUUCAUUGCUUUGCUGCUUUUUACAACCACUUCUCAAACAUCAGGCCCGAAGUACUUUAAAACGGGGGGUGCUUUUUCACAAGCCACAGUCUGAAUAUGUAUCUGUAUAACAUCGAAGUUCCAUUUGGAUGUGAGGAAUAAUGUAUAAUGGAUUAUUAUUAAAUGUAUUUUGGGAUUAAGGACUCCCAAACGAAGCAGAGGGUGCAACCUUAUAGGGAAUUGGAACCGUGGUGCAUUCAGGGGCGACUGGCCAUCUCUGGAGGACAAGGUCUAAAGCAACAGCUGAUUAUAUAGCAGCGUUUCCCGCUCAUCUGUCAGAGGUUUUGCAUCCAAAUUUGAUAAAGAAUGCAAGAACUAUUAAUGUCCUGACAGAGAAGCUCUUAUUGGAGCGUUAAUUACAAUGAAGUUAAUUAAAGACAUCUCUACUUAUGAAUUAAGGGGAGAACGGACCGAUCAGAGGUCCACUCUACCAUAUAUUUAGAGUUAAAUAUAUACUUUUCAUUUGUUUUGUAUUUAAUGUGGUUUAAUUUCACAGUGCACAAAUCAAAGUGGACCAAAUGUAAGAUCGACUGUGCAUUAAAUCCCCCUUUAACUAUCAAGGAUGUCUUCAUACACAGAGGGAUUGAAGGGUUUUACAGCCAGAAUCUGAUUUUUACAUAAAGUAAAAUAAAUCAAAAUAAAAAAAAUCCAGCAAAUAUUUAAUAAAAAAUGUGCAAGAAACAUAAACAUAUAACAGUUCAAAUAUAUUGAAAUAUAUAUUAAGAAUACAGUAUAUCUUCAUUGAAAAUGGAAGAGCUAUGCAGUUGUAGAAUUGGAAGUAUCGUGCAGAAAUGUGCAAAAUAAUCAUAUUUGAAAAGCCAAAAACAGCAGAAAUGAAUCAGUUCUUUUGUAAAGUCGCAAUUAUUGGGGAAUUUAUUUAGGAAAUUCUGUAUGUGCACUUUGUCAUUGAAUCAGUCCCACUCAUGUUCACCUGUACUUUACCUGUGUCUUUCCUGUGUGGAUCGGGUUGUAUUACUUUACAGAAAAUGGUUGUUUGCCUGCAGUUUGAUUAAAAAUGAUUUAAUGUUGUCUUGUGAAAGCGCUCUUAGAGGCGCUCAGGCACAAACAACACGAUCAGACUGCUCAUUCUUUUACUGUUUUGUUUGUACAUUGUGCCGUCUGUGGUGUCUGAACUGAGGGAAUACAGAGGAGAGUGGGUUCACACUGGGUAAAUAUAGUAUAUGCAGCUUCAGAAAACUUGCAUUGAAAACAUGAUGUGAUUUAUUGUCAUGUACAUUUUCUCUGAUUCAUUAAAAUGUGUUUAAAGGAAA